AUGCCUCCUCAAUGGGUCAAAUUCACCAAUAUCACCAUCGCCUACACACCCCUUAUGAUCAAAUACAACGGAACGAAAAAGAAAGUCCGCGAGAAUCUGCACGUGCUGGGUACUGCUCCGAAGGCGCACAAGCUAAUCGACCUUAGCAACUUCAAUGCCCGCGUCAGCGCAGACUACGCUGCCUGGGAAGGAGCGUUGGGCUUCCACGAAAUCUGCGGCUGCAACGGCAACAGCCUCAUUCUCCUGCGAACCUCUGCUGAACACCGCCUCUUCCUGACCAACACCUUCUGCCUGACGACUCGGAAGAAGGCCACUCGGAUGCCCCCCGUAUAG